AGGAAGGUUGGGUCGUGGAAAACGAAGUACUUGUUGUUUGGCCAAAUCUCGUUCAUUGUGACCGCUCGUGGCACAUCGCGCGUAGAGCGCAGCGUAUACCGAAGGAUUGCUUGCGUGUUUAUUUGGAACCUGUCUGUCUCAAGACAAAAUGGGAAAGGACCCUGCAGGUGUGCGGGUGAUGCAGUGGAACUUGCUGGCGACGGGUUUGCACACAGACGGGUUCGUCAAGGGCGAUAUGUUUGAAAGCGUUGCGGAAUUGACGGAGCAUCUGCACUUGACGAAGGACUACAAGGCUCGACUGAUGUCCGCAGGGGUGGAUUUGGAUCUGAUGAAGCCGAUGCAGCAUCUCCUCAACCUAUUCUUGUUUUCAGAUGGCGUGCCACUCACUGAAUUACCAGCGGCGUUACAAUACGGCGCUGAAGGCCUCUCUGACAAGUUUCGCGGCGUCCCAGUGGAGGACUUCUAUGCCUUUAGCGACGUUCCUGCGCGACGGACUGUGUGCGACCAAGCAGCGUUGUAUGAACGAAUGUGGAAGCCCCUGGCGGAUUUUUUCGAGCAGGGAUUGUAUGUCGGGAAAACGCUUCCUUGCUUCAUUUGACUGGAAGACCGCAAUCACAUGCGGGAAACAGGCCCGUAGUGGUCGUUUGCUCUGUAAGUAGUACACACAGGCUCAGCAUGUACAUUAAGUCGAUGCAUGUCACUUUCUUAUUCGUCGCCAACCGGGAAGGGGAGUGCGUCUGCGUAGCGUGUCCCUGGCUUCCAAAGAAGAGCAAAAGCGUUGACACCGAUACUGCAGCCAGUGCGCUGGUGGAAGAAUCGAUCGAGACAAUCUGGAGCAAGUACAUCUCCCCGGAAAAGGCGCUGCACCCGUACGACGUGGUUCGUACAGUGUGCGACUUCUUCCGAGAACGAUUUGCCAAUCAGCAGGAAGCAAUGCCUAACACCGCGGAAUCUAACGCAGAAGCCGGCACCAGCGCACAUCUCGCGGAGGUAAAAGUGGCCGUCCUUCCGGCGCCACAAGGGGAGGAUCCGAGGGAGCUGAGUGGCGCGCUUGCAGACGGAGAUGUGCCACCUAGUAGCACAGAUCCACUUUCGCUGUUGCGGAAAUACCGGCGCGCAUUUGAGCAGCUUCAACCGUCAGCUGAUGCACUGUCAAGUAGCAGCGAAGGUCUACGUGCAGAGUGCGAAGCUCCCCGGGGGCGCAACGCGCAGUUGACACGGCUGGUCGCAGCGUUUGUGCCUGACGUGCUGACACUACAGGAGGUAGCGGUGGAUCAGUACUUUUGCCUCACACGUAUGCAAAACGGAGUCUACUUUCCGCUCUGGGAGCAGGACAGCAGGGACACGGAUGAUAGCAGGUGGCACGAAAAAUGGAGCUGCCUCGUCCACCAGUACGCAAGUACAGGAGCCGCUCGUAUGAACCGGAGCAACGGCGCCACAUCUGCAGACAUCUGCAGUUACUAUACUGAAUCAGAAGGCUCGACUCGCGGAAAACAUACACCAGUGCAUGCCAUAGCUGUAGUUUGCUUCCGCGGGAAGAAUGCAUGAGCUCACUCCUCACAGGGCAGUCUCUUUGUAGCCUUGAAACCUAAGGUUAACACGCGUGAUGAAGUUCUGGCUGAUUUCCCGUUGUACAUUGAAGCAGCGAGAUGUCGGAUGGUUAAACGCGAACCUCUUCGGCAACCACCCGUACCGCGUACGCAAGGUGGGAGUCAGCGUUUGCGGGGUCGCUGUGCUGGUCAAUAGGCACCGAUUUAGACUGCGCUCGGGAAAGGCACUGGGAAGCAGCGACGAGCAACGGUUUGCGUACGCAGCUACGAUAGCUCCUUGUGACGAGCGUGUAACGGACGGAGAUAUCCACGAGGACGCGGCGUUCACGGUCUGUGCUGCACAUCUGAAAUCAGGAAAAGCUGUUGACGAUCGUACGAAGCAAAUCUUCGAUAUAUGUGACAGCCUUGAGGCGUUUGCUAUGCACGGCGACGUCGUCCUUGGCAUGGAUGGCAACUACGGUAUGGGCAGAAGCAGGUGCUGUGAGUCAGUCUCGUUGCGGAAUCUGAAAUGAAAUUCAACCAGGCUUGCGCAACUUACGAUAGCGGCCCGCGAUCUGGUUGUAGGCAGGAAAAAAUAUGACCGCUCUCCUUGGACGAAAUCCGCACAAAGACUGAAUUUUUUUCUGGGUUUCCUUUCAUAUACGACCAGGAGCUCGGUGGAUGCAAUUACGAUAAUGGUAUGUAGUGAGGUCAACGUAUAUUUUUGUUUCGUGCGUUAAUACUCACAAGCACUUUCAUUUCAUGCUGUAGUGUUUCUUGAACAUUGUCAAAUUGUGUUGACUGCAGAUACGGAGGCAGAAUCGGGGGGCUGGGCGCGUCUUCGUUCUCUUGGCUACUGCAACUACCUGGACGAGCUGAGGCAGUCUCAGCGUUAUGGAUCACAGGAAGAGCUCCUGACGGAGCGACUGCAUGCAGUAACGGUAAACAAGAUGCGUGGCAUGUUCUCUGUGCAAGUAGCGAAGUGGGGAUGCUAUUCGUUGCGAAACAUUGACUACCUGAUGCUGCGUUCUCGCCCGGGAGAGGACCAAGGGCUACGAAUGUCGUAUGUUGUUAACGCGCGGGAGCUUCAGGUAUACGACAAGGAAAGCACGCUGAGGCAAAUAUCCGAGGAUACGUCGAUCGAGACCAUCUUGGCGUUAGAUGAUCGUGUUGCGCGACCAUUCAUUCCAAGCAUGAUGCCGAGCGGAUCGAAUCCAUCGGACCACAGACCAGUCGUGGUGCAACUGCAAAGACAGAGUUCGAGCAAUCACAGUGGUUCGUCGCCGUGGUGGUGCUGUACUAACCGUGCGGCCAAGGGGAGGAAAUCCUGACAGGGAGUCCCUGUUCGAUUGUGCGGCGUGGACGAGGUGCAAUGUGACGCUAAUCACACCGGCGACGGCGCAUCUCGCCAUGCGGCGAGAACCGUGGCUAGAUGCGUGGUUCGGAAUAGCGAAGAUAGGUAAGGUGCAAGGUCAGCAAGGAAGAAAUCGUGAUUUGUGUGUGAAAUUUCUGCCAGCUGGAUUUCGUAGGAAGGGAGCAGCCACAUAAAGUUCUGAUGUCUUCGCCCGUAGGAUGAAAGUAAGUAAGUACUUAAGCAUUUCAUACGUAAGUGCAGUUUUCAGUCAGCCCACCAUAAGUGGUUGCAUCGAGGCGUACUAACAUUGAAGUAAUACCUACAUACAGAGAUAUUCCUCGUGUUGGUUCGAGACAGGGAAUGUGGUCGGUUCGUCAUGUUGUUCCUUGGGUGAAACCUAGAAAUGCAAUCUUCACGUGUGAUCGAGCGGGCGAAUGAUCUGCAACAUACGUCAAGGGAAUCUGAAACGUGAGUCAACAUCUUUUUCCAGAGUUGCUGCGAAAAAAACAUUGGGGUAAAAGAGCGAAUUUUUCAAUCAGAGGCAAAGUCAUGCUAAGCCGCCAACUUUGAAGAGCGUCCUCCUCUUGCUAGAUAACGACAAACAAUUUUCCUCAUGAUCAUCUGCCACCUGUUUCAAUCCUGCUUUCUCUUUCCACAAAAUUAGGGAAAUCUUGUUUUUCUUUGGAAAACACAAAAAACUCGUCCAACAUGGCCAAGAUGAUGAAGAUGAUGGCUGCCGCCCCGGCCCCGGUCAUGAAGAAGAUGUCCAUGAAGAAGAUGAUGGCCAUGAAGAAGAAGUAAGUCAUCAACUCCUGCAGGAUAUCACCACAAUGAUUUCCCUAUGCAGAUGAGCGAGAGCUCGCGUGUCGUGGUGGAUCCACGCAUGCUUGAGCGAAUCUCGCCGAAAAUUUGGUCUUCUAUCGUAGGUACGUUCUACGACGCGUAGUCCAAAUAGAAAAAAGCCAUACGGUGCCUGGCGGACGCACCAUGUUGUAUCUCAUUGCGAAAAGUGUUCCUGUUGAACGUAGUUCAGUGCAUCGUAAUCGUCCGUCCAACACACCAUGCGAUUAUUCAUGUCCCGUACGUGUGAGUGGGAUCUACAAACGUUGUUUUACUGCGUAACGUUCGUGAAGUAAAUGUGGAAGAUGAUGUGAUACGUGUUGUACGUUGUAAUUUUGAGGAAACUGUGUCUUGGCUGAGGCGAAAAGAUCAUAAUUGUUAUUGAUGUACACAUGGCAUUACCCCACACUUUUUGCUAUUUCCUCUCCCCCUACUCUCGUGAUUUCUACCCGUAACUUCAAUUUUGGCUGUGCAAUAAUUUUCAUU